AUGAAAAAUAAAUAACUAAUUUAUCUUAAAAAACCAGAUAAUACGUUUCCUGAUAGCGCUGAAAAUAUUUUCAAAGUUAGUGAAUCUCAAAUAACUUUAAAAAGCUUAAAACAAGGAGACUUCGUUGUCUAAGUACAUUAUGUUUCUGUUGAUCCAGUUAUGAGAGUUUGGCUUUCAGGUGCUGAAACUUAUUAUCCUAAAUUAAAAUAAGGGGACGUCAUGCAUUGUUUUGGAGUUGGGAUUGUAAUUUAUUCAAACAAUUCAUAGAUGAAUGUAGGCUCUCAAGUAUUUGGUAAUUUAGGAAUAUAGCAAUACUCUUUAGUUGAUAAAUCAAGAAGAAAGAUGGUAUUUCCUCUUCCAUAACAAUAAGAUUUUCCUUCAAUUAAGCUAAUAGACUAUUUAAAUUUAGUAAAUAACGGUAUGGCUGCUUAUAUGGGAUGCAUAGAAGUAUGUUAACCUAAACCUGGUUAAACGAUUUUAGUUUCUACAGCUGCAGGGGCAACAGGUUUAUUAGUUUGUUAAUUAGCAAAGCAAAAAGGCUGCAAAGUUAUAGGGAUAACUGGAAGUAAUAGGAAAUGUGAUUUUUUAAAGGGUGUCAUUUAAAUUGAUGAAGCUAUCAAUUAUAAGACACAAAACCUAUCUGAAGUUUUAAAAAACUAUAAAAUCGAUAUGUAUUUUGAUAAUGUUGGAGAAGAAACGCUUGAUUUGGCAAUUAGAUAAAUAAAUUAAAAAGGAAGAAUAGCACUAUGUGGAGCUAUGGGUAAUUAUAAUGAUUACAAUAAUAGAAAGGGCAUCAAAAAUUACCUCAUGAUUGUAUUAAAGAGGAUAUUUAUGAAAGGGAUAACUUUCACUGAGGUUGGAGAAAAAAUGCCUGAAGUUUUAGAGUAUUAUUCAAAUAGUAUUAAGGAAGGUUAAAUAAAAACCUAUAUUGAAGAGUUUGAAUCAAUAGAAAAGUUACCAGAAGCACUUAAAUUUUGCUUUAAUGGAGAUAACAUUGGGAAAGUUGUAGUAAAAAUACAGGAUAUAAGUUUUGAAGAAGCUUGUAAGGAGGUAUUUAAAUAAAAUAGCUUAUCUAGUUUAUGA